AUGGAAGCAGAAGAGGAUAUUGCUGUGAUUGGGGUUGGAUGCCAUUUUCCAGGAGGUGAGGGUCUUGACAACUUCUGGAAGGUUCUAGUGGAAGGGAGAAAUUGUACAGUAGAGAUUCCAGAUGAGAGAUUCGACUGUUCCCAGUGGUAUGAUCCAGAUGACAGCAAAAUUGGAAAGAUACGGACCAAGAGGGCUGCGCUCAUAAAUGGAGUGAAUGAGCUUGACCAGAAGUUCUUUGGGAUCACUGAUGCUGAAGCUGAGCAAAUGGAUCCUCAACAGAAGCUUUUGUUGAAGUGCACCUACCGAGCACUGGAAGACGCUGGAAUACCAAUGGAGGAAGCCAGUGGGACCAGGACUGGAGUUUACAUAGGAUUAAUGCACCAAGACUUUGAACGUCAAAUGAAAGCAAAUCAAAUCAAUCACUGGACUGGCACCGGUGUGGCUAUGAGCAUAGCAUCCAAUCGGAUCUCCUACACCUUCAACCUCACGGGGCCGUCAUUCACACUCGACUCUGCCUGUUCUUCAUCCCUUGUGGCCCUUCAUCUCGCAUGUCAAAGCAUUAGACAGGGGGACUGUCAGAUGGCAGUUUGUGGAGGUGUCUGUUCCAUCCUUGAUCCAAAAGCCUUUGUGCCUCUCAGCAAAGCCAAGAUGAUCUCACCUGAUGGCACCAGCAAACCUUUCUCUAGCAGAGCAGAUGGCUACGGCAGAGGAGAGGGCUGUGGAGUUGUCCUACUGAAACCUCUUAAACAAGCUCUUCAAGACUUUGACAAUAUUUGGGGCAUUAUCAGCAAAACAGCAGUUAACCAAGAUGGCCACUCUGUUUCUCCAAUGACCAAGCCGUCUAUGGUUCAGCAGGAAGAGUUGUUCCGCAAAAUCUAUUCUACACCGACUGACCUGACCAGUGUCCAGUACAUAGAGGCUCAUGGGACUGGAACACCAGUAGGUGACCCAAUAGAAGCAGGCAGCAUCUCAGAGGUCAUUGCCAAAGCCAGACCAGCAGGGUCAGAGGCUCUCAUCAUAGGCUCUGUUAAAGGUAACAUUGGACACACUGAAUCAGCUGCUGGUAUAGCUGGACUGAUAAAAGUUCUGCUAAUGAUGAAACAUGAGACAAUAGUUCCAUCAGUGUUCUACAGUGAGGACAGUUCCAGUAUAGAUCUGAAGUCUUUGAAUCUAAAGAUACCCACCAAAGCAGAACCAUGGAAAGACACAGGUAAAUGUGGAAGAGUAGCAGGAGUCAAUAACUUUGGUUUUGGUGGGACAAAUGCACACACAAUUGUUAAACAAUACAAAAGAGCUCAAGUCCCUAAACCUGCGAUUAGACAAAGACAAAGUCUAUAUUUUGUUCUGUCUGCAGCAUCAGAAAAGUCUCUUAGUAUGAUGAUUGAGGACACAAUUGAGAAGAUCAGUAAUGACGACACAGGCAAUGUGUCAUUGCUUGCAUACACAUCAGCAUGCAGAAGAAGUCAUCUAAAAAACAGAUAUAGGGUAGCGUUCCUAUCUUCUUCUUUGACAGAUCUCCGAAAACAGCUCCAGUCAUCUCUGAAUACAAAAGUUGCUCCAUCUGUUCCAAACCCUAAGUUAGUGUUUGUAUUCUGUGGAAAUGGUGUGACCUACAGAGGUAUGUGCAGGCAGCUCCUUAAAGAAGAACCUGUUUUCAGGGAAAAGGUGCAAGAAAUUGAAGCCCUUUUCCAAAGCUACAAACCUCUUAAAAUGAUUGAAGCACUAGAAUGUGACAGUGAUAACAGUGUGGAAUUUUCCAGACCUGAUGUUAUCCAGCCCCUCCUCUUUGCCAUUCAGGUUGCCAUUUACUGUCUCCUGAAGUAUUUUGGAGUAAAACCAGAUGCCGUUCUAGGGCACUCUGUGGGAGAGGUGGCCGCUGCUCAUUGCUCUGGCUUGUUGUCUCUUGAGGAUGCUGUGAAGGUCAUCCAUUACCGUAGUGAUUUACAAAGCAAGGUCACAGGAGGGAAAAUGCUGGUUGUCGGUAACAUGGCUGUAUCAGAGGUCUUGAAAAGCCUUCCGUCAUACUCAGGAAAGGUUUGUUUGGCUGCUCACAACAGCCCUCAGUCUUGCACACUGUCAGGCGAUGCAAAUGUUGUUGCUAGCCUACAUCAAACAUUAAGAAAUGGAGACAAUGGACAAAAUCUGAUUCUACAUGUACUGGAUGUCCCUGCAGCCUACCAUAGUCAUGCAAUGGACCCCAUCUUGUCUGAGAUUGAGAAACACAUUGGGUCUUUGGGAAAGAAUGAGAAAGUGGCUGAACUAUACUCAACUGUCUCAGGUAACAUAUCCUCAAUGAAUGACUUCUGCACAGGAGGAUACUGGUCCAAAAACAUCAGAGACCCUGUCUUAUUUGAGCAAACGCUCAUGUCUGUAGCUAAAGACAAGAAUACUGUCUUCGUAGAGAUAGGUCCUAGGCGAGCAUUGCAGUGGAACAUCAUUGAGACUCUUGGCAAAGACACUGUGGUACUGUCCUCAGUACUGCCAGACAGAGACCAUGAGACAAUACUCUCAGUUGUAGGGAAACUGUUUGAACUUGGAGUUCACAUAGACUGGGGGCAGUUUUAUAAAGGUUAUGAGAGCCCACCAACUGUUUUACCAAGGUACCAGUUUGAUGUUAAGAGCAAGCCACUGCCAUCUGCGUUUAAAAAGGGAAAAAUUGCAAAGUACCAUCCUGUGUUAACACCAUCAGGCAGAGAGGACGCUGAAUUCAGCUGUGACCUAUCUUCUACUGCAGUGUCUUACCUGCAUCAUCAUAAAAACAAUGAUGUUGCCAUCAUCCCGGGUGCCUUUCACAUUGAGCUAGGCUUGGCAUCUUUCUUGGCUCAUGUGAAACCCAGAGUAACUCUGAAUGCCCUUCAACUCAGUAUUAGCUUUGAGAGUCCAUUUCCUCUGACAAAGAAUCCGACAGAGUUGAAAGUUAAACUAGCACCAGGCAAAUACGAGACUGUGUUCAAGGUACAAUCCAACACUGCAACCUAUGCUUCAGGAGUAAUAGAGUGUAAAAAGGGAAGGUUACCUGUAGUGCCCAGUAUCUCUAUUCAGGAUCUGUACAAGAGGUGCAAUACCACCAUGACUUCUGAGAACUUGUACGAUGCCUUGAGUCUGCAUGGCUUCCAAUACACCUCUGUCUUCAGAAACAAGGCGGAUGUUCAUUGUGGGGAGGAAUAUAGGGAAGCUCUCUCAACUGUGACAGUCCCUGACGAGUUACUUCCUCAGCUGCAUGACUAUUGCAUUCACCCAGUGAUUUUAGAUUAUGCCUUUCAACUUGCACAUUUCACUGUAGCAAAGGCCUUCAUAGCAAGGUCUGGAUUUCCCUAUGCAGGUGGGGUCACUGUCUUUGAGCCCCUGCAAGAUGAGAUGGUCAUUUAUCUGAAGGCCACUGUUGUUGGAGAAAACCAUAUUGAAGUCUGCGGCUGUUUUGCAAGCAUAGCUGGAAAAGUUUUGGUUGAGAUUCAACAUCUGAUGAUCAAAUACCUUGGAAGCAAUUCUCAGAUUGUUGAAGACUUGUUUUACCACAAUGAGUUCAUUGUGGUCUCAGAAAACCCUGAGCCCAGCUAUGCUUGCAGAGCCUUGGUCUUUGCCGAUCAAUUAGGCAUAGCCAAAGGCUUGCAAAACCAUCUAAAUCCUGAGUCUGUAUACAUUCCAUUCAGACAUGCCAAAGAAUUCCUCAGCAUUGGACUUCAGGGUACACUGUCCAAAUACAGUAUAUCAUUUAAAAGCAUUCAGGAAAUAUUGUUUAUUUGGAGUGAGCUAGACCUCACUCUUUACAGUGUGGAUGAUGCUUUGGAGAAUCUGGUUAUGUGCUGUGAAGCCUUUCGUCGAAUAGCAUUAGAGCUGAAGACAAUCAACUUCCCAAAUUCCUUCAGAACAGUGACCUAUAGGUCUGCAGAUUGUACUGUAGACCACAUCAGCCCUGGGUUUGUGCUGUCUGGUAUGACACGAAGCUGUGCAGUAGAGAUCUCAAACCUCUCCUUUCAGCUGAUUGACAUUGGCUCUGACUCAGCAGAAGACAUCAGAGCCUUGUCUAAUGUCCUUACUUCCUACCCCAGCAGCAAAUACCCAGAAUUGGUGGUCAAAGAUGGGCAAAUUCUCCAGCCACAAAUUGUGCACACUUUUUCACCUGGAGUGAGUAUAGACACCAAUGUUGUGAGUUCAAAGGCUGCACUGCUCAUGUUACAGACUGCUGAUCCUUUCAAAAUGUCACAUUUGUCAGCCUUUAUCUCUGACAGGGAGGUUGGCCAGAUUCCUAAGAGAAGCGUGAAAGUAAAGCUGACUAAAAUCUGUGUGCAUACCUCUGACUACUUUCCAGUCAGCGUUACUGACUUUAAAGAUGGAGACUCUAUGUACUGGAGCACACAAACAAAGCAGAAUCACAAACUCCUGGCUCUUGACUUCAGUGGCACUGUCACAGCUGUUGGAAAGGAAGUGAGCAAGCUAAAAUUGGGAGACCAUAUUGCUGCAUGCUACCCUGUCACUGCUUCAUCGGAAGUCAUAGUUCCUGAAGCCACUUGCUACAGAACAAAACAUUUUCCAUUUUUGAGAGAAAUCCCCUGCGUGUCUUAUUUUGCAUUGGCAUGGGCAGUCUUGUACCAUGCACUGCCAGAACUGAAACAGUCCAAACAAAUUGCCAUCUUUUCCCCUGUUCCAGAUUCAGGUUUGCUGAAGGUUUUAAACUUGACUGCAAAUAGAUCUGGGUGGGACUCCAUUGUCUGUACAGAAUUAGGUUGCCCUCAUCAGGAUUUGAAUAAGAUGGAUGCAUUUGUCCUCUUGCCACCUUUUGGUAAACAUUUGUUAGACAAAGUAUGUGAAAUCCCUGCUGCAAAAUACAUUGUUGCAGUUUGUGAGAAGGACCUGCCAUCCCACACUUCAACAAACUUCCUAACAGAGGUUAACAAUUCUUUACAUAUUCAGCCAAUUCUUAUGCCCAGUAUUCUGGGGCAGAGUUUCCUCAGAGCAAACACACCAAAGAUUUACAAAUGGCUCAAGUCACUGCACCUGACUAGACAUUCAUUUAAUGUCUCAGGGGUAACUUUUCAAAGGCCAACAUCUGGCAGUGUAGAGAUCCCAGAAUCUCUAAAUUCUCAGUCAUACUUGACCUGUGCAACCAUACCUACAGUGGUACUCACAAAUGAUAAUGCAGGAUGUCCACUGUCUGAUAUCCCAUUAGUGCCAAAAGUGCAUCAGUUUUUCCAGAAGAAUUCUUUGUACAUUGUGGCUGGCGGACUCACUGGACUGGGUUUAGAGACGGUGAAAUUCAUUGCUUUCAGAGGAGGAGGACACAUCGUCAUUCUCUCCCGACGAGAUCCCACUCUUGAAAUGCAGCAUGACAUCGAUGCCAUAAAACAACAAGGAGAGGCUGUGAUUGUCAGUUUGCAGUGUGAUGUUUCACAACCAGCAGAUGUAGAAAAGGCAAUCACAUAUAUUGAACACCAAUUUCCCUCCAUUGCGAUCAGAGGAGUCUUCCACAGUGCAGUUGUGCUUCAUGAUGGGCUCAUUGAGACACUUAAUAAAUCCCUCUUUGAGAAAGUCUUUAAGCCAAAAGUGAAUGGAGUUCUUAAUUUGCACCGUGCUACCAAGCAAUGUAAGCUAGAUUACUUUGUUUGUUACUCAUCCAUCACCUCUUUCAUUGGAAAUGCCUCUCAGACAAAUUACGCAGCUGCAAACUCAUUCCUUGAUUCAUUCUGUCACUACAGAAGACGUCUUGGACUUGCUGCCCAGUCCAUAAACUGGGGCGCUCUAAACCUUGGUCUUCUGUUAAACAAAGACCACUUCCAAAGGUUCCUCGAGGCAAAAGGUUUGGCAGUGAUGAAUGUCUCGGAGAUUCAAAAGAGUCUCGAAGAGUGCCUUCUCCUGAACAAACCUCAACAGGUUAUUUGUAAAUUUAAUUUCAAGAACAUGAUCAGUAAUGUCCUGUUUCAAAAUGCAUCACUCCGAACACGCCUUGAAACAUUGGUGCAGGGUGGACUCAGAAAAGCCACUCCGUUGUCCUCAUAUGUUGAGCAAAUGGUUUCUCCAUCUUCUCCCAAUGAUUUUAUCAAAUCGCUACUCAGUGAAACAGUCAAUGUGCAAAUUGAUGAACUGAGUGAAGAAAGACUUCUCUCAGCUCUGGGCCUUGACUCAAUGUUGGCUAUGACAUUACAGAACCUCAUUUACCAAGGGAGGGGUGUGAGUGUUCCACUAGUAAAACUGUUGGAUCCAAACAGCACAGUUGCUACCUUGGUGGAAUUUCUACAAGUUGAUCACUGAUAUCAGAACUACUGUUAAAAUCUCGUCAGCGCUCUGAAUAUUCAAUGAAGAUCUAUGACAUGAGAGAGAGUGGUGUGUUUUUGAAGGAUAUCUCCAAGGCUGUGGGGAUUACCAAUACCAUAAUGCUACAAUCGACCAAUCAAGUUUAAAGAUAUCAAAUUGUGUUUUCAAAUCAUUUAUUUAGAUUUCUGUUUAUUCUUCUUUUGCCUCACAUAUAAAUAGUUCUAAAGUUGGUUUUGGCAAUUAUUUAAUGUAAUAAUUAGUGUUCUAGACCAGGGUUUCUCAAUGUAUGUGCAGGGACACCAUUCAGUUUCCUUUGAGGUUAAACGUAGGUAAACGUUAAUGGAAAAUACGGUCAUUUGAUCUGAUUCACUGAAUUUCUAGAAAUGAAUGAUUCUUUUUUUUGCGCUAAUCAUCUUUGUAAUAAAAAAUUUCACUAAUUUGCUUGGACUUUAAAAUCACAGAACUCUCAAAGAAAUUACGAGGUUGAUCUUGAUGCCCCAAUGGGAAGUAGCUGAGAUACAGUAGUUGAGACACUGUAAGCAUUUAAAAAGAACACUCCUGAAAUAUACUCAAUUAUGUAUGUAGCUUAUUGUUCCACACAUAUCCAACCGUAACAUGUGUUUUGUUGUUGUUGUUGUUGUUGUUUAUUAAGUAAUUUCAAUUUAUGUUGGCAAUUUAUCUGAUGGCUACAACAGAAAAUCACAUUGAAAUGUAAUGAUCUCUAAUUAUGGUUUCCUGAGCUAGAUUUGUUCGUAAAGAGUGAACAGCAAACAACUCAAAUGCAAAAUGUAAUACAUUGUUGCAUUAAUAAAUAUACUAAUUAAUUAACUAAUAAAACUAGAUAAAUUAACACAUGUUUUUGUUGUGCUGAUUGUGUAUGUCCAUUGCUCUAAAAUUUUAAUUGAGUGAUAUCUAUCUAUUUAUAUUGAUCAUCACUGUAAUGAAUAUGUUCACACUAAGCAAUCACAAAUGGGUGACUAAAUACGAUUGUCA